UAGAUUUCGUUGUUCCCAACUCCAACUCCACCUCUAACUCUACUCUGUUUCGUCUUCUUCUCUCGUCCUUUGAAAAUUAAGAAUAAAAAAAUCAAGUUUUGUUUUUUUUUCCAUUUUUACUUCAUAUUUGUUUGCUCAAAAUCUGGAUAUUCGAAACACAAGGAGGAGAAAAUUAGUCAAAUUAGUCUUCCGACAUUGGAGUGUUCUCGAUUGUUCUGAUUUUGGUGAUUGUGGGUACGGAUGCCGGAGAAAGGAGUGAUCCUGCAGUUUCCGAAUUCAUGGACUCUCAGGUCGAGUCCGUUUCUUCAAUGGAGACUCCCCAUACUUACAGCUUUUGUCCUUGUUGCGAUGGUGGUUGUGUGGAGCAUAGAUGGUUGUACCAUAAAGAGCUUCAUUGAGACCCGAAGGUUCAAGCAAGAUUAUGUACCCGUCAGAUCAAACACACCCACAAAGAAUCUUACAGAGACGGCCGAAAAUUCUACCCCCUCUGCCACUAAUAUCCAAGUCAAUUUGGCACGAAAGCCGUCGAAUGUUACUAAUGAGACUCAGUUCAUCGAUUACAGACCAAUCUCUGUUCAAAAUUCAUCUGGGUUUGAGGAUUUUGAAGUUUCGACUAAUGUGACCAAGUUCAGCGAUUUCAAUCCAGUCUCCGUCCAGAACUCAACUGGGUUUUCGCAAAGCCCUCUGGUUUCGACUAAUGUGACCGAGGUCAAGGAUUACAGACCAGUAUCUGCUCAAAACUCAUCUGUGUUUUCUCGAAACCCUCAAGUUUUGUGGUUAUCAGAUGAACUUGAGCCGAACUUGACUGCAAAUCUGCUCUCGCGAUGGCUUGCACCAGGAGGGGAGCCUUGCAGGGAUUCACGUACUGUUCAGAUUUCGGUCCCGGGAUUGGAUGGUGGUGAUUUGGUAAAGUUAUCGGCUGGUGAUAGUCAUGAAUUUGUGUUUCAGGCUCUGGAUGAGUCUGGGAAUGCUCGUUGUCUCGGUGGAGAUUAUUUUGAGACUGAUCUUUCAGGGGAGGCAUGGAAAUCUCGGCCUGUUGUCAAAGAUUUUGGAAAUGGAUCGUAUUCCAUAUCUCUGCAAGUUCAUCAAGAUUUUGCUGGUGAUUACAACGUCACUAUAAUUCUCCUUUUUAGACACUUUGAGGGUCUCAAGUUUUCGCCUGGUCGAUUUGCUUUCGAUAAGGAGUUGCGCAGGAUUCCAAUCAGGUUUAUCAGAUCUGAAACUCUACUGCCAGAGUUGCAAAUUUGUCAAAAGAGUGAUUUUAACAAAGAUGUCUGGGUUGGGAGGUGGACUAGGCAUGGCAAGAAUGAUGAUUGCCAAAUAAGCAAUGAUGGUAGGUACCGAUGCCUGGCACCGGAUUUUCCAUGCCAGAGUCCUUGGUGUAAUGGUUCAUUAGGAUUGUUGGAGAGUAAUGGUUGGGUGUACUCUACUCAUUGUUCAUUUAGGUUGUUUUCAAGUGAAUCUGCAUGGAAUUGUUUGAGGAAUCGGUGGAUUUUCUUCUGGGGCGAUUCCAAUCAUGUCGACACGAUAAGAAAUAUGCUUAAUUUUGUGUUAGAUUUGCCUGAUAUACAUUCAGUUCCAAGAAGAUUUGAUAUGAAUUUUUCUAACCCAAGAGACCCAUCCCAGACUGUUCGAAUUACGAGCAUUUUCAAUGGGCAUUGGAAUGAAACCGGAAACUACCAAGGCUUAAAUUCUUUGCAAGACGAAGGAUUUAGAAAUUUGUUGUGGAAGUAUUUCUCAGAAGCUACAGUCCCAGAUACUGUGAUCAUGAAUUCAGGCUUACAUGAUGGGGUUUUUUGGCAUAAUAUCCGAGGAUUCUCUCAUGGGGCGGAGUAUGCAGUGUCUUUUUGGAAAGAAGUUAUGGAUUCGGUGAGGCAGAGGGGACUGGUGGUGCCACAAAUCUUUUACCGGACCACAGUGGCGACUGGCGGAUAUGCUCGAACUCUAGCAUUUAAUCCUAACAAGAUGGAAGCCUUCAAUAGAGUGGUCUUAGAUAAAUUGAAGCAAGCUGGGCUUGUUUCUGGCACAAUUGAUGACUUCGAUAUGACCUUUCCCUGGCAUUUUGAUAACCGCUGCAAUGACGGGGUCCAUUAUGGCAGGGCACCAUUAAAGAUGAAAUGGAGGGAUGGUGAAAUUGGGCACCAGUAUUUUGUCGACCUCAUGUUAGCUCAUGUGUUACUCAACACACUAUGCACGAGAUAGCAAGUAGGGCAUAUUUGUAUUACGAUUUACAGGUAUUAUUCAUGGAGGAGAUAUUAGUUAGUAACUUAGCAAACUAUGGGGAAGGCCUGGAUGUUGCAGGCUAUGCUAGUUGCAGUAUCGAGACAGCUUCAGUAUUGCUUGGAAUCAGAUUUAAAAGGUAGUGAGUUCCAUAUGUUUGUUCAUAUUGCUCAUGAGGUUCGAAUUAAAAUUCUUUAAUUUGUUCAUAUACCAGCAUGGUUCUAUAGAUCCAGUCUUCAAUGAUUAUAAUAUUUUUCUAUGAAUUUACCCCUUCUCUGUUA